GGUGCAACGGGUCCUGGAGUAGGGGGGAGGUGGUUUUAGGGAGGCCCCUCAAGAUGUCUGACAUGUUUCUGCAGGACCGCAGGCCGCUAGCUGGCGUGGAGCGCAGGCUUGUGGUGGGCUGUUUGUCUGCGUGAAGCUGGCAUGGCCCAUCGUUCCACUGCAUCUGGUCCCCAUUAGCCGAGCCGAGACUAUAAAGCAGGGAGCCGGCGGCGGAGAGGAACACUACAGUUCCUGUCUGGAUCAUGGGGCUUUCUCACUGGCUGUGCGUGUUCUGGCUGCAGGCAAGCCUGCUGUUGUACGCCGUCGACUGCUCGGGAAUGGCACAGGGGGAAGUCCACGCCGGCCUUCAGACCGCAGAUGGACAGCAUAAUGAUGAAAAACAGCAGAGGGCGCUAUCCUUAACUGUUGGUGCCAGCGAACAGGAACAGGUUUUCCUCAGACGGAAAAGACAGCUGGAACACAGAGGCCCCACCCACAUGAGACAUUCCAGCCUACCUGGAACCGUCACGGCCAAAGGUUCCCCCAACACGCUGAUCCAGACGGACAACAGGGCCAGGCGACACCUGGUUCCAACAGGCAGUAAGAAGAAGAGCAAACGUAAAUCCCGCGUCGGCUCCUUCUCCCUCCUUAGCAACAACAAGCCAUCCACCCCCUUACAGCUGACCAGAGGAAGGAGACAGGUGAAGAUCGAACAGCCUCAACGGGGGAAGACGAAUCGCAGCGGCGCCUUCUCCGUCCUGGGAGACCCUCAGACCGAAGGCCAGACCACAGAGAAGAGCAGUCCUACAAAAUGAAGUGUUCAGACGGAGCACGAGACUGAAUGAUUGGAUUUAUUCUAUUAAACACACACACACAGGGCUGGUUUGGAACCCCCUCACCACGCCCAGUAUUUACAUAUUAAUUUACUGAUAAUUUCCAAACGACACAACUAGAACAUGGAAGCUGAAGCAUUUUCUCCAACCUUUCCUCUGUCCCACUGGUUAUUUGUGGGACUUUAUCAAAAUAAAAACACAAAAAUAAAAUCUGUUUUUAACUGGCAUAUUGGGAUGGGUGGGUCAGUUAUCACAAAUAGUCAGAUUCCUUGUGUAAUUUUGUCAAAACAAAAAUUUUGUGAUUAUACAUUUUUAGAAUGUUUAUGAAAUUAGAAAUCCAACAAAUAAACAACAAAAGUUUCCUUUUUUAUGUUAUGGCCGCCAUCUUGGAUUUCCAGCAUUGGUGACCUUCAGAAACUAACUUUUCACUUUCUUGAGUUCUGGGUAUUUGUGGGUCAACUUUGGGGGCAUGGUUAGAGAUAACAGCACCAUUCUUGGUUUAAGGGUUCAUAACCUUUAUUAUACAUUCCAAGGAUUGAAUACAUGUUUGUUUGUUUGUUUGUAAUAGACAGUUACAAAUAUCAGGAUCUGAUUUUCCUAAUAAGGAAAAGACACCCACAUGGAUGAGGUUCCAGUAUCCCAUAAGUCAAUAAAACUCCAGAAUGGCAGCACACUCUGUUACUAUUCAUCAGCUUCAGUAAUGUGUCAUUAGUAUCUCUGGAUGUUUGCCCUCCAAAAUUCUUGCUUCGUCACUUCAAUCAUGAUCAUAGGUUAACCAGAAGUCCAGAAAGUGAAAGUUAGCUUUCAAAGGUUUCCAUUUUUCAAAACCCAAGAUGUCUGCCUUAACAACCUUUUGAAAAAAAAUGCAAACAUUGUUUUUUGGAUUCCUCAUUUCACAAGCUUUCUAAAAAUGUAGUUUACCGUGGAAGGUUCCUGGUUCAAACCUUAGUCUUUCCACAUUUCUCUAUGUAAUCACCAUUCAACAUGCAGAGCCACCUCAGAUCUGCUGUGGCAACCCCGAGUGGAGGAGGAAAAAAGAACAAAGGAGCAGCCAAAGGGGCUUAAUUUUAUUACAUUAAGGAACCGGACUAAAAGGACUGUCGAUCUGUGUAUGUAAGUUUACACUUUUAAAAGUGCUGAGCGAGUUGGAUGGACACAUUUCACAAUCUGUGGCAAAGAACCGACAAGAGAGUUUCAGCUAAAUGGUGAUCAGAGUGGGAGGUUAAACACAGACAUAAAACCAAUGCCUCAACAUGGAUCCAGUAUAAAUAAGACUAAAAUAUCCGCUCACCAGCUGUGAUGCCAGACGUGGGACAUAGACGUACACGCCAUCUGUUCCUCUAUACGUGUCCAUUAGUUGCACUUUCUUGUGUCCAAGACAACUUAAUCCAAUUGUAUCUGAUUUUCACCAAAUUUGAACUGGACAUCAAUGGAUUUCAAAUCUGAGCAUGAUCGAGUUUCACAAAGACCCUCUAAGGACCGCCCACUUUACUGUACAGAGUAUUGAGUCUUGCAGUUUGUACAUUUUUUCCCCCUCUGGGUGUCAGAUGGCUCUUUUUCAUCUCCCUUAUCAUCAGUGUUUGGUCUACAUAAAUAAUAAACCUUCUAUCUUUAAAUUUUGAAAGCAGUACUCUUGUUUACCCAAAUCCUAAUGUGGUCACGUCAUUACGUCAGUAACAUGGCUUUUGUGUUCAUUUCCAAAUACAGUAUCAGAAUACAAAAUACAAAUAUGUCAAUUUAUCUCCCAAAGUGAUCAAACCACCACUAAAGCUGUUGCAUGUCACGGUACAAGUUACUGGCGGAGGAUUCUCGGUUAUACCGCCUUGCAUUUAUGAGAUCCAUGUUUCCAGUUUUAAUUCCACUAAAAUCUUAAACACCUUAGAUUGAUUUAACAUAACUUCAUAACUUCUUCACAGUGAUGGAUCAUCAAUACCAGCAGGGUUUUAGCAGUGGCAAUCUGGAAAAGCUGGAAAAAACACAUUCCUGACAUCACCAUUCAUGUUGUAAAAUUAUAAUUGCUAACGUGAUGUUUAUAUACAGUAACUUUUGUAUCUUUUUUCCAUCACAUCUCUUUGCACUUUUUGAUCCACUUGACGUAAUUUGGGGUUGAGUGGACAAGAAACCUUCAAUAGACAGACCAGGAGUAGCUGGGAUUCAAACUAAUAACCAUUCAAUUAAUGAUAAUAUUCACUUCUAUCUGUGUUACAAUUUUCUUUAUGUCAUUUUUUUCCUCUUUGAGUUGUUUUGUGUUUUUACUGUAAACUGUCACAUUUAUCAGCCACAGUUUGGACUUUUUCUAUGAGUUUCUAAUAUAUUCCUGCAUGUUAUGAGAACACAUGGAAGAUCUCAUUAAUACUGUAGUUUUGUUGUAUUUUAUCACAGAUUCCAAAGGGUAUAUUUUUGCAGACAUAUUUCUUGUGUUUAUGUGUUAAAUUUCAAUAAAGUUUUACUGGAACCUGA